CUGACAGGAUCGGCGUUCACUACAGGCGCUCAUUUUCUCGGUGGUCCAGUCGGUGGUCGGCAGACAACGGGCGAAAUUGUCUAUCGUCACGCGUCCUUGUUAGGGAACGGUAAUCGCGUGCGCUCGUAAUCAUCGUGGUCGUUGUUCGUCGUCGCUAGUUCGCUCGUCUGACAAUCUGUAGAUAAUAUUAUCGUUUCUCAUCGUCUCUUCACUGGUGUCUUGUAGAGCGGUAAAUUAUUAAUGAACGAAAUUAUAUAAGAUACAAAACAAUUUACAAAACAAGUGCUUACGGUCGACGAGCACGCGAUCAGACUGCAUAAAAUAUUCCCAGUAUCCGUCGAAGUUAACAGAUGUACGCGGUAUGUGAAAAGUACACGUAAAAAAGCACAUCAUGAUAAACUUUUAAGAAAAGAAUUUAAAUUAAUUGAUAUGAGAAUAUCAUCAUUUUAAACCAAAUUAUGGAGUUUAUGUGACGGCCAAAUCACCAUAAUGCAAAUACAAAAAGUUCUUCUGUUCCUGUGUGGUGUGCUGGUCACGAUAAAUUAUGGCACCUGUUGUCAGUUGUCCGAGUUCAUGUGCGAUACUGGCUAUUGUGUAGCAAUGGACAAAUUCUGCAAUGGCAAUGAUGAUUGCGGCGACAAGUCAGACGAACCCCCGUACUGUUCACCUUGCAACCGGACUUACCAUGGCGAAGUCGGCAGAACGUACGAGUUGGAAGUUCGGAGACCCAGAGAAGACAGAUUACCGUUCUUGUGCUAUUUGAACUUCACCGCGGCCGGCGGCAAGUACGGCGAUAUAAUACAGUUGACAUUUGACACAUUCACCGUGGGAAGAUUCGUCUCGUAUACGUUGGAUGGCUGUCCUGACGGGUACAUGUCUAUCAGAGAAUCACAGUUACCGGAUACCGGUGGUCAGUGGUGCGGUAGUGCGUGGGGUUUUACUGUAUAUUACAGUGAGACCCGGUCGAUAAACUUGACUCUCACGCUUUCCAAACUUUCCGAACAGGGUAUCGGUUACAAUUUCGAUUUCAAACUGUCUUACAAAUAUUUGAAAAAGAGCGACGCGCACCUCCGAUACGGAAAUAGUACUUUUCAGACAUGGCGAGGGCAAAUGAUAACGGGAAGCUACUGCGAUCGAAUACUCGACCAAUGUGACCGAAAACUGUGCCGGGUCCAGUCACCCAAUUUCCCGGGGGCUUAUCCCAGAAAUGUCACUUGCUAUUAUCGAAUAGAGCAGAGGACAGCUCCGAAGUCCAAGCGUGCCUUGAUCGUAGUUCGGCAACCCAACGCCCAUAAAAUCCAUAUCAAAGAUCAAGUGAUAAACUACGACCGGAGCCAGCGCACUCUCAGAGUUUGGGACCAGUGCAACGUGAUUCAAGACUACCUGACGGUGUACGAUGGCUCACUGGCCACGGACCCCGUAUUGGUGAGACUGUGCGGUGGAGACGCGGUCCCGGAUAUCGUGAGUUCCGGAACCAAUAUGCUGUUGGAAUUCCAUACGUCCGCGUUCGACAACCCGUUCCAUCCAGUCCCUUUGAGCUACCUACCGGGUUUCGAACUGGAUGUAGAGAUACUGUUCGUGGACAACAAGUCACCUAGUUAUGCCAAGAACACAAGCCAGUGUGAGUUCUUCAUCAAGCCAUUCAACAACACCAACUGGGGACUGUUAGACAGUCCCAGGCAUUCGUUGCCACCCAACACGUCGUGUAAAUACCACUUCCAAGGUUCCAGCCAUCAGACGGUAUGGCUGUCGUUCAUCAAGUACCACGCGGCGAGCACCGAUCCCAACGCGUAUCAUCUAAGCAACGAGUGCAACGCCAGACUACGGAUCUGGGACAAGGUCGUGUCGGCAAAAAACAAAAAGCCCGAAACGGUGUUGCUAGGCGAGUUCUGCAAAGAACAAGAACUUCCGCGGCUGUGCGAUCAUGCGCUGCUAGGCAACGACACCAGGCACGUGCGGCCAUGCACGGCUAAGGAGUCGUACACAUCAUCGGCGGACGAGUUGACAGUGGAGAUCUACCUAAAACAGGGCUCGGUGCUGUUCCCUCUGCAGUUCCUGUUGCAGUACGAGUUCGUGGACCAGUCGGCGGAGAGGCACCAAGGACCUGGGGAUGCGGGGCCAGCGGCGUGUAGCCGCUCAUUUGUCGCCGGCUCCGGGUACUUCGGGUCGCCCAAGAACGUGUUCUUCUACGGCCGCGGUGGCCGCCUGAAUCUAACGUGCGUAUUCCGGUUCGUACCCGCGUCACCGGACGAUCGGGUGCGCGUGACGGUGUCGCGGAUGCACGCGGCGGCCGCAGGACCGGGCUACGCGGCGUGCGCGACUGAGACAGACGCGCGCACGGACCGGUCGCGGUGCGUGUACGCGACCGGCAGGGCCAGGGAAGGGGCUCAAGCCCGUGUGGCCGUCACGCACUACCCGUGGCCGGACAUCGAGCUGCCGGUGGGCUGCGCGUGCUCCGCGCUCCGCGGCCCGUUCACGUUCGAAUCGUACCCGGGCGCUACAGUUCGGGUCGAGUUCACGGUGCGCAACAUGAACGUGACGCAGGAUCACCGGGACUUCGGAUUCGCGGGCGAGUACGCGUUCGUCAAAGCCUCGCAGCCCGAGCGGGACGCGUGUCGCGACGUCCGCAAUCGCCGUCGUCUGCGCGGCCCCGGUGGCGUGAUCGCACUGGACGGCGGCGGCAAAGUGGCCGAACCGGGCGUGGGUGGCGGCACACCGUCGACGGCGGCCGCGGCCGCGGCCCGUUGCGCCGGUUUCCCGUGGCUACUUGAGCCGGCCACCGCGGGCAGCAGCAUGUUGCGCACCGGCGGCUUCGUGUACCUCAAGCUGCACGGUUACGAGAUACUGCCGCACCGAUGGCGGACAAACUCAUUCAUGUGCCCCACCCGGAACCGCGUGAUCGUGUACACCGGCCCCGGUGACGGUCCGAAAACCGCGCGCAUCAUCUGCCCUUACGACAUCGAGGCCAACUACGCGCCCGGCUCGUUCGAGGUGUUCUCUUCCGGCUGGACCGAGCCGCUCACCGGCGCCCAACAGCUACAGCCCAACUCCAAGACCGUGGCCGUUGAGUUCCUGGAGCGCGAGUACGGCUCAUACACCGUCACCUGGAUGGAAGUGUCCAAGAUGCCACGCAUCAUGUCCUCCACCAACGUGUACGCCAUGCCGUCCAAUGUGCACCCCGACUGCGUUUACAGGUGCCCGGAACUAAACGCAUGCAUCAGCUCGGAUUUCUGGUGUGACGGCGUACUGCACUGCCCGAUGGGCUUCGACGAGGACCCGAUCAACUGCGCGGACCGGAACGCCAUGAACCUGACGUACGUGAGCGUCCUGGGCGGCACGGCCGUGCUGCUGUUCACGGUCACGGUUUUGGCCGCUGUAGUGUGCUUGCGGUGCAAAGCGUCCCGGUCGCAGCGGGACGCGGACGGCCGGCGACGUGCGCCGCACAAGACUCCGGCCGCGGCUGACCCAAUGUCCGUUGAACGCGUGCACUUCGACAAACGGUUCCUGGAACCGAACGGUGACGGUGCGGGCGACGUGCUCGGCAAACGGUACCCGUCGUCCUCGGACGACCUGUACCUGGAGUGCAAGGACAGCAUGUGUUGACAAAACGACGACGACGACGACGACGACGACUGCGAACGCGUUCGUGUCGAGACGACCGUCUGAGCCGGUCGGACCCUGCCACGGGCUCGGCUCCAGACCCUGUCACGGAGGUCCCGCCAAACUCUGUCGCUGUUCCCAUUGGGCCCCACCGGCCGCUUGAUCCAAUCUCGAUCGGUCGCAUCAUCGCGCGUUGGACGUGUUUUGCUACGUACACGUGUGUAUCGCCAAUGAAACCGUUUCAUUUUUUUUCCGUUGGAAUACAUGACGUCGGUCUGUCCGCGCGUACGUGUAAAGUACGUCGCACCCGUGUCGACCGGCCGGACCCCUCUUCCGACCGUUUAUACGACUUUUGUAACGACCGAUACACAGGUAUUACACACGUAAUAUAUCUUCUAGUACAUGCACAUGCGACGGAUCGAAAUUAUUGUAACACGAAAUCGAAAUCGGACCUUUUCAGCCCCCUGACCAUUCCACCGUAUGUUCUAUCAAAUUACAGUCAUUUUCGACUUCCUCCCCGCCAGGUGUUAGUAAUUAAUUAUAUAUACCUAAUAUAUGUUAGGGUAAAUAAUUUGUAUACAUAAAUGUAUGAGCAACGUCCACGUGUCUGCAGGACGUCUCGUACAAGAUUGUUGUACGUGUUGAUAUUAUUUUUCUUUAUCCUCGAGACCACGAUUUAUAGCCAACUUUCACCAAAAACUACUUUGCGUACUCGGCUAUUCGAAAUCGUUCUAUUACUCGAAAAAAUAAUGAUACUAUAUAUAUUAUAAUUACUUGAUUUUCUAAGUAGAAUUUUAAUAUUGUAAUAAAAAUGAAUUUAUGAUAAAUUUAAGCUACUCUCAUCUGAAACGCCCUAUCAUUAAACGUUAUGGGAAAAUGUAAAAACUUAAGUUAUUAACAUCAAAAACAAAAUCUGAUUCAGGUCUUAAAAAGUUUUUGAAAAUGGUCAGGUCUCCUUUAAGACCUGACUUUUGACUAUAAAUUGUAAUGUUAAGUUUUGUUUUAUAUUAUUAUAAUUUUCGAAUUUCUUGUUAUUAAUUAAGCGGUAAAAUAAUGUUAAUAUUAUUAUUGUAUUACUUACAUAAACAGCGGUAAGAGAUGUGUCCCUUCUUCUAAUAUUCACUAUUAAAUCCACACCAACAAUAUUUAGUUUUUUAUCAGCCUUUUAUUUAGUGGAUUUCUUUUAACCAAACUUUCGAGUAUGAAUCUUUUUGAAUAUUGAUCGACAUACCAAAAUAUAUAAAACAUCACAUCUCGAGCAACAACACAAACUUGCCAAGAAUGCGAAACAUUUUAACGCCUCGUAUUUAUUAAAAUAAUAAACUAAAAUGUAAUACAAAAUGUUCUAAUAACAUGCCCCUUGUAAAUAAUUUCUAUUCAAAACCUAUGAGUUGGUAACUUUCAUACGUUCGAUGAACAAUAUUUGUAAUAAUAAUAAAUAAUAUCUAGAUAAUAAUCAUUUAUGAAAACAUAUGGAAUGUAAAU